AUGACCAUCUCCUCUGAUUCAAUUGCACCUCUUAUCGCCGUUGUCGGCUCAACGGGCCUACAAGGCGGCAGUGUCAUCAACAACCUAGCGCUAUCGGACAAGCCGUACCGUAUUCGCGGUCUCACUAGAGAUGCGAAGAAAAACAAGGCUCAGGCUCUUGCGAAGCGGGAUGUCGAGGUUUGGACCGUUGACCUGUCUGCCGACAAUGCCGAAGGAAUCCAACAGUCAUUCCAGGGUGCAACCUAUGUCUUUAUCAUGACCAACUUCUGGGAGCACGUCGACAAAGCCCGUGAGAUAGCCGAGGGCAAAGCCUUGGUCGAGGCAGCCCACAAGGUCGGAGUGAAACUGCUCCUAGUCUCCUCCGAACCCAACGCUACCAACGUGACAAACGGAAAGCUUACAAAGGUUUAUCAUUUCGACUCGAAGGCGGAAUCUCCGACCAUGCGCGAGCCUUGGGUACCUGCUGGAGACGGUUCUCAUAUUGUCGAUGGCACCUGGCCUGAGGACUUUCGGAUGCCGCUCCUCGACACCUACCACGAUUUUGGUUUGUUUGUCCAGCUGGCUAUCGAGUCGGAUGAAUUCAACAGGGGAGAUGGCAAAACCAUCUGGGCCUGUGGGGAUCAGGUCACUGUUCCCGAUCAAGUGAAGAACAUCUCCACAGUCACGGGCAAAAAGAUUGCGUACAACAAGGUUACGGAGGAGCAAAGCAGGGCAGGUAUGGUGCAGGCUGGCCUCCCUCCUUUUGUUGUCGAUGACAUGAUCGAAAUGUUCAAAUUUCAUGAGGUCUGGAACUCCGCCUACGCGGCCGGUAGUCACGUCGAGCCUGCCAAGCUGGCACGUCGACCGCGCACUUUCAAGGAAUAUGUUGAGAAUGAGGACUGGAGUGCCGUAUUCGAGUGA